CCAGAUUCCAGCCUCUGCAGAAUCUCUUGUGUCUCCAUAGAAAUAUAGGAGCAGGGAGAUUAUGUUAAGGCCACAUUGAUGAGGCCACAGAUGGAAUACUGCGUGCAGUUCAGGUUUGGUCCACUCUUCAAAUUGCAGAACCGAGUGCGGGUCCAACCAACGCGGGCUGGAGAUUCCUCGGCGAGCGAUGGCAACGGUGAGAGACAGAGCGCACGUCCUGAGCCUCAACCUGAAUCUGGCGGCUCUCAGCCCGGCGGUUAGAGCAGAUUUGCCAACUGUUAAUCCAUUCAGAGCAACUCGUAUUUGGUGCAACAUAAUCGCUGCCCUUCAGUCAGAGGUGGAGGUUAAGAGGCGCAGACAGAACCUGAAGUGCCACAAUGACUGCUUUCUUGGCUCUGAUGCUGUGGAUCUCAUCCUGGGUCACCUUCUGCAGAAUAAGUACUUUGAUGCUGAGAUCACUCGAUCGAAAGUGGUGAGGCUUUGCCAAGCUCUGAUGGACAAUAAGGUGUUCGAAGGAGUCGGUACAAAACUCUUUGGCAAAGUUAAGAAAGAGUCUAUCUUUGAGGACAGUAGCUACAGCUUGUACAGAUUUACCACCAUGCACAAGUGGGUUGAUGCUGUAAAAGAGAAUUUGAACACUGGCUUGUCUCCUAGAACACAACUAACCUCUGGAUUCAAUGGAUGGGGUAGUAGGCAGGAGCCAGUUGACUUUACCACAUCAGGUACCAGUCCUGACAGCUCACUAGUGGAACUGCUUGAUAACUUGAGUUUAAAACCUGCUCGUACUGAAGUGUCACAUCUGCCUCCAACAGUUGUCAGUGAGGUAUGGCAGGAACAAACAAUAUUGCGUCUUCUGCAACUGAUUGAGCUUCCGAUCUUGGACUCGCUCCUGGAUAGAAAAGAGCACAGACCAAAAUCACAGAAUUUGAGCAGCAAUGUGGUUACUGGUGGCUUACUGGAUCGGGAAAUCCUAAAGGCUUUUGGUGAUUCUCAGGAUGAUGAAUGGCUGUCAGCUGCAAUUGGUUUACUGGAGUAUCUCCCAGACAUCAUGGUGGUGGAAAUCAGUAGGAACUUUCCGGAGCCAUCCUGUGAUGUUGACCAGUGCAAAAUGCUGCUUUUUGAUGCUAUUGCUAAAUAUUACAGCCAAACCAAAGAACCACUCCUUACCAAUGACCUCUUUGACAUUCACACAGGAGUGGCAGAACUGAUUGUAAAUGGCAAGUCUGAACCAGCACUGGAAGCCACACAGCUUUGUUUGAAGCUUCUGAAUUCCAGGAAUCGGGAAGAACUGAGGAGGCUGUUGCAUUUCAUGGCUGUUGCUGCUUAUCCAGCAUCCAUUGCGAUGCAGAAGGGGGUCGAGAAUAGAAUAGUGAUGAAGAGGACUUUCGGUAAAGCCAUCGCCUUCAAUAAGAACCUACCAAAGGGGAAAGCUGAUCUCUUGGUUUUGUUUCUACUUGAUCAUCAGAAAGAUGUAUUUAAGGUCCCUGCGAUGCUACACAAAAUGGUGAGUGAGAAGCUGAUGCUCAUUCAGUCUGGAAGGGAUCCAGACUUCAGUACAGGGCACUCUUUCUGUGAAAGGUUAAGUGUUUCUGCGUGUGAAAGCAUCAUGCGGAAGACCACCAGAGAUGAACUGUUAUUGCUGCUUAAAACUAUUGAUGAAAACAAACAGCUGCCUGCUAAAGAGAAAAAGAAGGUCCUCACUCAGUUCAGCAAGAGUCAUCCAGCUAUAUUUAUUCAAUAUUUCUUUGAUCCUUUGAGGAAACCAUAAUUUUGUCGAUGUAUAGGUGUAUAAUUGUAAGUUAAUUGUAAAGCAAUUAAAUUUAUUGAUUUUAUAAGAUUGAAUAAUAAAACUUAAGUUUAUUCAGUUUAACCUG